AUGGAAGAGCUCACCGCCUUCGUGUCGAAGUCUUUCGAGCACAAAGUCAAGGAGAAGAAGGAGGUGAUCACCUACCGGGAGGUGCUGGAGACCGGUGCGGCGCGAGCGGCCGGCCGCGGCGGCGGCGGGGAGGAAUCCGUAGCCCCGGAGCCCGGGAGCCGGGAGGAGGCGGCGGUCGUAGCCCGGAACGCGACGCUCUCGCCGGGCAGGGAGACGGACAUGCUCGGCCCGGAGAGGACCAGAGACGCCGGUAGCCCCAAACUCAUUGACGGCACUACGGAUGUGAAGGAGAGGAAAGAGGAGUCCGGAAAGGUCAUGGAGGACGAAGCGCAGACCAAAAUCAAGCAGAGGAGAAGUCGGACUAACUUCACGCUGGAGCAGCUCAACGAACUGGAGAGGCUCUUCGACGAGACCCACUACCCCGACGCCUUCAUGCGGGAGGAGCUGAGCCAGAGGCUGGGGCUGUCCGAGGCCCGGGUGCAGGUUUGGUUCCAGAACAGAAGAGCCAAAUGCAGGAAGCAGGAGAACCAGUUACAUAAAGGAGUCCUGAUCGGAGCAGCGAAUCAGUUCGAGGCUUGUCGCGUGGCACCAUAUGUCAACGUGGGAGCUUUACGAAUGCCAUUCCAACAGGAUAGUCAUUGCAACGUGCCGCCCUUCUCCUUUCAGGUGCAAGCGCAGUUACAGCUGGACAGCGCCGUGGCGCAUGCGCAGCACCACCUGCACUCGCACUUGGCCGCGCACGCGCCCUACAUGAUGUUCCCGGCGCCGCCCUUUGGCCUGCCGCUGGCCACGCUUGCCGCUGAGUCGGCGUCGGCCGCGUCCGUGGUGGCCGCCGCCGCAGCCGCCAAGAACACCAGCAAGAACUCUAGCAUUGCCGACCUGAGGCUCAAGGCCAAGAAACACGCGGCCGCGCUGGGCCUGUGA